UUCUCAGCCAUGUUCGCCAGUGCUACGAGGCGCCAACAACGCCGAGUUCACUUAAGCGAACUCACACUUGGAACAAAGGAAAUGAUGUAUAAAGAACAGAGAAAAUUAGAUGAAAAAUUGGAGAAAAUUGAAGCACAGAGGUCUCGAGCCAAGCGCCACCUUGAAGCUAAAGAGAGGGUUUUGAAACAUGAACUUGAUUUGCAAGUAACAGCACAGAAAAGAAUGACCACGUUUAUUGGGGCACAUACGGGAAGAUUUAGAGAAGAUGAUUUAAUUUCUGAUCUAGACUGGGAGACCCUUAUAAGUCUUCCAGACGCUCAAGGUUUGUCAAAAGAAGAACUGUCCAGAAUUUUUAUGGAAAUUACAGGUAAGCCACCAGAAAUCCGCCGAAGAAAACGCGAUAUUCAAAGUCCGUGGCAGCCAGAUUUUCUUCAUCAAAGAUCUAAAACGUUUCACGGAACUACAGAAGUUUCCGGAUCGUCACAGACGCGUCCCUCUACCACCGCCCAAUACGUGGAUGGCUUGAUUUUACAGAGAAACCUGACUUUUAUCCCGACAAAUGAAGAAUGUAAGGAAACAUGUCGCGUCGCUUGGGGAGGUCUACCUAAGAUCAAAGGUAUAAACCCACUGUUCAUCAGUGCGGUGAAAGAAACCGUGGAACCCUCAGAAAAGGAGGUAAAACCCAAAGUCCGCGUCCCAAAAGCCCUGAAAAUACGACUGCGGGCAUUGCAAAAAUACAAAAAGUUGAGUUUUAAACGACAAUCGAAACUAUCUCUAGUGGGGGAAGAUCGAAAAGACGCCGAUACACCAGUUGUGGUGGAAGAAAGUUCUCAUGAAAUAUCUGAAAUUCUACCCGACCAAGUAGACAUUAGACGCGGGGAUAAGCCGUGUACAGCAAACAGAGCAGACGACAUCACUGACAGGACAAGUAAUCACGAGGCACGAGCUUUCCAUACAGAAUCAAUGAAAGUGUUAUGGGGAGGUGCAAAGGAUAGUGAUAAUCAAACAGAGGAAGAUGCGUCAAAUGUGAAAACGGAUUCCUCUCAUACGUCGGAAGUCAAUGAUUUCAAACAAACUAAUGAGACUUCGGAUAGAAAUGAAGAUUCACGUGAAAAUGACAAAAAGAUAGGUACUCAAGAUACCCUUAACAAAGUCUUUAAAAAGGGAAGUAAACAAAAUCUAUGGAAAGAAAUAACCAUGAACGUUAUGCUAAAGAAGAGGAAGGAAAAUGAAAAGAAACUGAAAAUGUCGGAUUUAGUGCAGAUGCUGGCAAAGGUAAAACUGGCUAAACUGACCGAACAGGGGAAUGCCCAUACACAGUACACUCGUGAGGGAGGACUGGACAAGGGCGCGUUCUUCCGCGCGCGCCAGAAGUACAUUUCCUCCAACAGACACCUGCUGGCCCGCAGGAACUCUGGUCUCCAGUAUGGUCCCCAGAAUAGACGCCGGGUAAGCAGAGAGGAGGAGAGGGGCGCGCGCCAGGCGGGCUACGACACUUGGACUAUGCAGAAGAUGCACACGGUGAUGCAGAACAGCCAGGCGUACAAGGAGGGGGUGACGCAGUCGCCAGAAACACAAACUUAAUGCCCUCCACAACCUAGUGAUGGGACGCGGUUAUAAUUAUUCAUAUCCUAUUUUGUUCCCCACUCUUGGCUUCUCAUUUUAUUGAGAGUAACUCUACAUCUCAGGUGGAUUCCACUAUCGGACGGACGAAAAACCUUGUAGAGCAGGCGGUCAGCAGUGUUGGAUUGCAGAUUUUUGUUUUGGAUGUGUACGACCACCGAGGUAUUUUAAACUGCUCUAAGAGUUUUGGGAACUGAUAAUUCAUACCGUUUACAAAAAUGCUCCUUUUGAAAAUUGCAUAGGUAUAUUUCCAUACAUUUUCCAGUCACAAAGCAAAGUUCUCCACAAUAAAAAUUGACAAAGAAGCAUUUGCGUCUU